AUGUUUCGUCAGAUUUUAGUCGUGCCACAUCAAAGAGACUAUUUACGAAUUUUAUGGUUUGAUGAAAACUCCCAUCAAGAAGUAACAUUUAGAUUAAAAACUGUGACAUAUGGCACUUCAUGUGCACCUCAUCUUGCCAUACGCACCAUUAAACAAUUAGCUUUAGAUGAAGCGUCGGACUUUCCGUUAGCAUCGGAAAUGGUUUUACGCGACCUUUACAUGGAUGAUGGGAUUACAGGCGCCCCGGAUAUCCAAACUGCACAAAUUCUACAACAACAGCUGAUAAAAAUGUUCGCAAGAGCAGGAAUGUCCUUACAUAAAUGGACUUCAAACUCACAUGAACUUUUAAAUAGUUUUCCAACUUCUAAUCCUGAAAACACUUUUCCCAUAGAUGAGCAGGUCUCAAAGGCUCUUGGCAUGCAUUGGAAGCCUUUCGAGGAUUUAUUCAUAUUCACAGUCAAGUAUGAAAAUAAAUCUAUGCUCACGAAACGAACAGUUCUCUCAGUCGUUGCCAGACUCUACGACCCCUUGGGUCUGCUGGGACCAGUUAUCUCUAAAAUGAAGAUUUUUCUCCAAAAAUUGUGGUUGCAAAAACUUACAUUUGACGACCCCCUUCCUCCAGCCAUUGGUAAAGAGUGGAGUCAUUUAGUUCAAUCCCUUAGGGCUCUUGAGCUAGUAAAAAUUCCAAGAUGGAUUUUAAAUGAAAAUCCUGUAAAAUUAAUUCUUCAUUGUUUCUCAGACGCCAGUGAAGCCGCAUAUGGAGCAGUUAUUUAUCUACAAUGCAUCAGUGCCAAUGAUAUAGUCACAUCUAGACUUGUAUGCAGCAAAUCUCGAGUCUCCCCAUUAAAGACUGUCUCCAUUCCCAGAUUGGAACUUUGUGGAUAUCUUCUCGCCGCUCAACUAAAGGCCAAGGUUAAAAAAGCUUUACAUCUACAAAUUGAUAGCACAGUGAUGUACACAGAUUCUACUAUUUCCCUAGCCUGGAUUCAAACACCACCAAAUCGUCUCAAGACAUUUGUUGCAAAUAGAGUGGGAAAAAUACAACAACUGACGCAGAACAACAAAUGGCAGCAUGUUUCCUCCACUUUAAACCCCGCAGAUGUGAUAUCAAGAGGACUAGUUCCAGAACAACUGAUUGACAACUAUUUAUGGUGGAAUGGACCAACUUUCCUUCAAGAACUACCUGUUUCUAUGAACUCUGCUGACCAACAAAUGAUUGAUGCAUCUCAAGAUUCUCAAUUUUUAUUGGAACUCAAGGACAAUACCACUCACUCCUUAGUGACUUUAAAUUCAGAUUUUCUUACUAACUUUUUCAAAAUUAGUAAUAAGUAUAACAAAUUAAUACGUGUUUUCAGUUUUCUCCUCAGAUUUCUAGGAAACUGCAGAAACAAGAAGAUGAAGGGUUCACUCUCCUCAAUGGAAAUCGAGGAAGCAGAAUUUAAAUUAAUUUCCCUUGUACAACAAAAUGUUCUUGCUGAUGAUUUCAAAAACUUAGCAAGUGGUAAACAGGUAAACCCUUCUAGCAAAUUAAAAAGUUUAUCCCCUUUUUUAGAUGAAGGUUCUAAUGUAAUUAGAGUAGGAGGCAGACUUAGAAAUGCCGACAUACCAUUUCAGCAAAAGUCAAAAUGGUACUUUCAAAAGGACAACAUUAGUGUCGGUACCAUGGUAGUAGUCAAAGACGACAAUGUCCCUCUUAAUUCUUCGUUGUUAGAACGUGUUCUUAAGGUUUUUUAUGUUAAAGAUAAUAUUAUUCGAGUGUGCCUUGUUAAAACAGCCUAA